AUGUCAGGGCGUGGUAAAGGCGGGAAGGGCCUUGGAAAAGGAGGUGCUAAGCGUCACCGCAAGGUUCUGCGCGACAACAUUCAGGGUAUUACCAAACCGGCUAUCCGGCGUUUGGCUCGUCGUGGGGGCGUCAAGCGCAUUUCUGGUCUCAUCUACGAGGAGACUCGCGGGGUGCUGAAGGUGUUUCUGGAGAACGUGAUCCGCGACGCAGUGACCUACACCGAGCACGCCAAGCGCAAGACGGUCACGGCCAUGGAUGUGGUCUACGCGCUUAAGCGCCAAGGACGCACUCUCUACGGCUUCGGCGGCUAAACUUUCACCG